AUGCGCCAUAGCUCCGGCUCAUACCACAAACCGACUCAGGAAGCACAGGAGCCACAGUUCUCCCAGCCACCAUCAUAUGCCGGCGCGCCAGGGUCUGGGUACCCCCAGGAGAAAGUGGACCAGUAUCCCGGUGGAGAUGAGGUCGAGGAUGAGCCGGCUGUAGAUACGAGCAAUCCAUCUAACCUCGUCGGCGGCGCACCUCCAGCUGGACAUUUUGUGGGCGCCAGUGCGAUUGUCGACGAUGUAGGCACAUUCAAUGGCGGUAGUUACAGGAUCAGUCAUCGCGAUUGUAACACCAUCCUGACCAUUCAAUUGGCGAUGGGAUGCCCUCUCCAUGCCAAGCCUGGCGUCAUGAUUGCGAUGUCACCUACGAUCACACUGAAGGGUGCAUACAAGUUCAGUAUGAAGAAGCUGGUGGCUGGAGGUGAGAUGGGCCACUCCACCUUCACAGGGCCGGGAGAGUUGCUUCUUGGUCCUCCGUUCCUGGGCGACAUCACCAGCAUCCGUCUCACUGGUAACGAAUCAUGGUCUGUUGGUCAAGAUGGUUAUCUCGCAUGUACUCAGGGCGUCAUCACCGAGUACAAGCGCCAGGGCAUUGGUAAGGCCAUGUUCAGUGGCGAAGGGCUGUGGGUGUACAAAAUCAGUGGCACGGGUCUAUUGUGGCUUACCAGUUUUGGUGCUAUCAUCCGCAAAGACCUUGUGGAUGGUGAGAAAUACAUCGUAGACAACGGACAUCUCGUCGCAUGGAACACCAAAUAUGUGAUGGAGCGAAUUGCCUCAGGUGGAAUUAUCUCAGGCUUUGCAUCAGCUGAAGGAUUGGUAUGCAAGUUCACCGGCCCAGGAACUGUGUUCAUUCAAACAAGGAAUGCUAAAGCAUUCGCUGCCUACAUGAGCGGCAAUGCCGCUACGGCUUAG